AUGGAAACAAAUUCAACAAAAGCAACAUCAGCUGAUAUUAAUACGCAAAAGCCAAAUUACUCUGGAGGAAUACAUUCAGUACCUUUUGAUUCGUCUUUUUAUAACAAAAGGUUUCUUAUAUUUUCUAUAUAUUGUGGUGAUUCUAUUAAUGAUGUUAGUAGAGUUUUUGGAACACAAGAAAAGAAUAUAGUGCCUAUGUGGUCAAUGUCGCUUUCUAAUGUUGCGGAUAAGCUUUCUAAAGAUUCUUCUAGUGAGAAUAAGGAUGAAAUAUCCUGUGGUUCAAAGUCUUCUGCUACAUUAGCAUCUGAAGAAAAAGAUAUUUCUCAAACUGCUCACUCUUCCGAUCAAUCAUUUGGAUAUAAAAGAGAAAGAGCAGAGACAAUGCCUUCUGGAUUGUCUGUCUGUAAUGAGUUAUCUUAUCCAGGUUCUUCUGUGGAUGCAAAUGGUUCUUUAGAAGAGCAUAGCUUAAAAGUGAAUGUUAAUCCGUCUGCUAUAUCUGGAAUCUCGUCUAUAGCUACUUCUCGUUUUAGAUCAGGGUCUUUAACUCUAUAUGAUCGAAAUAUGUACGUAUCUGCGUUUGGUCCGUCUAUAUUUUCAUCACAUUGGACACAAUAUUUGAAUUCUCAAAACAUAUUGCCUCCUGUACUUUCUCUUUCUUCUAAAGACGAAGAGCAGGCUCCAAUUAAAACUCUCGAUUAUUUGGGUUUAGUGGAUGCUUCUGUGUCUUUAAGAUUAUCGGAGUCACCUGUUUCUUGCAAUUCUGUUUCCGAAGAGCAAAAUAAUAAGAUAUAUAUCUCUGGUAUUAAUUCUUUUAAGAAAGAUUUGAAUAGAAUUCGAUCUUAUUCUGUUUCUGCUAAAGAUGAAUAUGAAAAAAGUUAUAAUUCUUCUGCAGAUAUGAAUAAGGGUGAUGUAGAUAUCAAAGAUAUGGAUUAUUCUGACUCUUUUGAUAUGUUAUAUCAGAAUUCUUCUAGCUUGUCAUUACGUCCAAGGGCAAGAACAACUGGUGUUAUUAAUUUUUCUUUAAAUUACAUGGAUAAUAAAAUUAUAUCUCCUCAACCUUAUACUGCUGAAUCACAUACUUCGGAGAAUAGUUCUUUAAGUAACAUUGCAUUGGCUUCUCAGGACAGUCCCAAUUUAGAUAAAUUGGAAUAUGGUGAUGUUAUGUCUCAGCCAACACGGUCUCUUUGGAUAAUUAAUUUACCUUUAACUGCUUCUAAUUCAUCUUUAACGACACUUUUUUCUCAAUUUGGUGUAGCUGAAAGUAUAUGGAUACUAGCUGAUAAAAAAUAUGGUUUUGUGAAUUAUACUAGAUUAGAAAGUGCUAUACAAGCAAAAGCAUCACUUGACGGCAAAGAGUUGUUUCCUGGAAAUGACCCUAUAAGAGUAGAAUAUAUAAAGACUCAAAAAAAUCCGAUGAAUAUGUAUUUAUUCAAUACUUUUCCUUUUGCAACUAAAUCAACUGAAUCUAAAUCAAAUCAUCCGUUUUUGUCUGAAUCGUUAACGGAUUUUAAAGAUUUGAAAUCUGCUGUAUUAGAAAUAGCUUUAAAUUAUUCUGCUACACAAAAAGAAGCAAAUAAGAUAUGGAAAAAUAUUCAAAAUGCAGGAAAAGCUAGAAAUUAUGCUAGUGAGAUUCCGCCUAUUCCAGAAUUGUCGCUUAAUAGGCAGUUUUAUAGUACAAAGUUAAAAGAAAUUAGAAAAAAGUUUGAAACUGGAGGAUAUACGCAGAAAGAAAUCGAUGAAAUAGCUUAUGAUAUGAUUGAUGAGGUUUCUGAACUUUCAAGCGAUUAUAUUGGUAAUACCAUAGUUCAAAAGUUGUUUGAACAUUGUUCUGAAAAAAUGAAAGAAAAACUUUUGAAAGAGAUUGCUCCACAUUUGUCAGGAAUAGGCAUUCAUAAAAAUGGAACAUGGGCUGCACAAAAAAUAAUUGAUUUAGCAAAAACAGAAACUCAGAUUAAUGAUAUUAUUGAGCAUCUCUCUCCUUAUAUACCUCUGUUAUUUCUAGAUCAGUUUGGGAAUUAUGUGGUACAAUGUUGUUUGAAAUUUGAAGCACCCAUGAACAAUUUCAUUAUUGAGAUCAUGGCUGAACGAUGCUGGGAGAUUUCUCAAGGCCGUUUUGGAGCAAGAGCAAUGAGAGCUUGUUUAGAAAGUAAUCAUGUUACAAAAGAACAACAGCGUUAUCUUGCUGUUGUUAUAACAUUAGAGAGUCAUCGCCUAGCAACAAAUCCUAAUGGUAUAAUUUUGCUUACAUGGUUAUUAGAUUCACCUGCUUUCCCAAGCAAAUACAGAAUGCUAGCGAUGCAAUUCGUUCAUUAUAUUGUUUAUUUAUGUACACAUAAAUUAGCGUCUUCUAUAAUUUUGAGAAUCGUUAGUCAGAAAACUGAUUCUGAUGCUCGGAAGAUUCUUUUAAAUGCUCUUUUUUUCUCUUACAAUGGGCAAAUAUUGAAUGAGGUUUUGUCUGAAGAAAAUUAUGGUGUAAAUACUAUUUUUAAAAUUUUUACAAUGGCAUAUUUAGAAGAUGAGCUUCGGCAAAAAAUUUUAAUUGCUUUGAAGCAGGCUUUCUUACAGCUAAAAGUAGUUCCAGGACAGCAGUAUAAAUCUCUUAUGGACGAAAUUGGAUUAAACCAUAGUCCUUUAGGUUUAGUAUCAAAUAUGGAUUUUUUAAAAGCAAGUCAUAUGAAAACAGAUAAAAGUAGGGAUUAUUCAUUGCCAUAUAUAGAAUGUAAGAAUAAUGAAGUUCAAGAGCCUGUACCGUUAUUUUCACAUCCUUUCCCAGCAGAUUAUUAUAAAAAUUUAAACGCAGUUAAUAAUAAUCUUUAUCCAUUACAGUGUUAUCCUAUUUCUCAGCAGAAAAUGGGUUUGCAGCACUAUGAUGUUCCUUUUAUUCAACAACAGUCUGAAAUUCCUCAUCAUUCUUUUCCUUAUAUUAAUUCUCUUUUUAAUCAGCAAUAUAUACCAAAUGGAUAUCCAUGUUCAUUGCCAUUAUAUCCUUUUAAUGUUAGUCCUCAUAGGAAUCAGGUAAUAUGA